AUGUCUGUUCAACCAAUAAUGUUGUAUUGCCGUGAGCCACUCAUUACAGCCAUAGAGGUGACUUCCAAACCACUCGAGAAGGCACAUAAUCAGGCAUUACGACUAAUUACUGGAGGGAAGAAAUCAACACUCAUUGAUGUAAUGCCCCUGGUUACAGGGAAUACUACAAUAUGUUCACUUAUCAAAGAGAAGGCCUUGAUCUUGUAUGAGAUGCUACUGCGCUUUCCCAUGUAUAAAUUCUUCAGCACCUAUGAGAAUAGACCAAGACACCUGAAAACGCAAUCUGGUCUAGUACAGAAAACCAUAGAACUGAAGAAAGCAUUACAAAUCGAUGACAAACCCAAAAAUCUUUCUCUUCACGUGAACCCAUUAGCAGUCUCUGAUGUAGAGUGUUACACCCAACUGCUUGACCACUUCAGGAAAUCAAACACUCCUCCAGAACAAAUGCCCUUACUGGCCCUUGAGACAAUCAAUGUCAACUAUCCUGCAGAUUGA